ACGUCAUCCUUCUCCAUUCCGGCAAUUGGUCGCGGGGCGAGGACGCGACGAUGGAGAUGAACCGGGACGAGGCCGAGAAGUGCAUGGAGCUCGGGAAGAAGCACCUCCGCGCAGGUAGCUUUGCGCAAGCCGCCAAGUGGUUCGACAAGUCCAUCCGCCUCUAUCCGCUGCCCGGCGCGGAGGCUCUGAAGGCGCGGGCCGAGCAGUCCAUGGCAGGGCAGGCCGCGCCGCAAGCCGCGCCCGCUGCGUCGACGUCACGGGCAGCGCCGUCGUCGUCUGCCGCGCGCCCGAGCGAGCAAGAAGACAGCCGGCCGUUCACGGACGAGCAGGUCAAGAUUGUGCGCCAGAUCAAGGCGUGCAAGAACCAUUACGCCGUUCUUGGCGUCGAGAAGACCGCCGAUGACAACGAGAUCAAGAAGGCGUACCGCAAAUUGGCGCUCAAGUUGCAUCCGGACAAGAACAGCGCGCCCGGCGCCGAGGACGCGUUCAAGGCGGUUGGGAAGGCCUUUACCGUCCUCAGCGACGACCAGAAGCGCGCCGACUACGACCGGUUUGGCGACAACGCGCCGAGCGAGAACGGCGGCCAGGCGCCGCGCGCGUACCGGUACCAGCAGGACGACAUCAGUCCCGAGGAGAUCUUCAACAUGUUUUUCGGCGGCGGUCUCCACCCGCAGCGCGCCCGGCAGCGCCAGCGCACGAGCCAGCACAACGCGGUGCCACGGACACCGAUGCAGCAGCUGCUGCAGUUCCUCCCGCUCAUCCUCGUCUUCUGCCUCUCGCUGCUGUCGUUCCCGGCCGAGCGCAACGUGCCGUUCAGCCUGCAGCCCACGAGCGAGCACUCGGUGCUCCGCAACACGCGCAUGCGCAACGUCGUCAACGGUAUCCCGUACUACGUGGCCAAGGACUUUGACAGAAAGUACACCAACGACUGGCGCGACCUCAUGCGCGUCGAGCAAAUGGUCGAGCAGUGGCACGUCACGCGGCUGCGGGAAGGCUGCGAGAGCGAGCGCAUCAAGCAGAAGCGGCGCGUCACCAAGGCGCGCAGUCUCUACGAUGCCGAGGCGCGGGAGGAGGCCCUGCGCAAGGCCGCCGCCAUGGCGACGCCCAACUGCGACGAGUUGCAGCGGCUGCAAGCCUUGUAGUAGGACGUUCGAAUAGAGACUGUACAUCGUGUGAAGAAAAGGA